UGAUGUCCUAAGCGUUGGCUUAACAGUUUCAAGCCACCAGCCACGGGCGAAGCAUCAUCACCGACAUGUCUGCUACGCUGUUUAGUUCGCUGCUAGUAAUUCUAGUUUUUCUGAAUGGGGCAAUCGCAGCGCCUCGGCCUGCUCCCCUGCUCGUGCCGCGUAUCGACUCCAAAGAUUUCCAACUCGAGCCGGAGGAUAACAAGUACACUCUGAGGAUAUAUUAUCCGGAUCGGACGACUCGUGAGGAGACCGUGGAGGAGAUUGCUCCGAGAGUGUUUCAGGUCAGGGGCUCUUUGAGUCAGACAUUUCCAGAUCAGGGCCUUGGCUUGGAGGUCCUUUAUGAGGCUGGACCCAAUGGCUAUGUGGCCAAGUACAAAUACGGGACGACCACGACUCCUCCCUUGGGGCUUCCUCCCAAUGUUCUGAAAUCAACUGCCGGAUAAAAACCGAUCUCAAGAAUAAUUUGAAAUAAAAGUGCUAAGGAAAAGCCAACUGAAAAUAACUUU